AUGGCAACUCUACGGAAGUCCAAGGCCAGCUUACUGGCUUUGAUUUUCUUGGUCGAUAUGGUUUCAUUCUCUGGUCUCGUUGGAGCCAGACCUAUUGCCAUGGACCAGUUAGACAUUGAGGGUUACCAUGACAGACUGGGGCAGGAGGGAGCCGCUGGCCUCGCCGAGGAGCUCGGCUGGCAGGAAGCCUCUGGCGUGGACAGCGGCUCGCACAUCCAGUCCAGACAAUACUCUGGUUUUGACGGCACUGCCACUGGUAACACGGCUACAGGGAAUGUCGCCCCAGGUAAUUCUCGGCCCGGAAGCAUGACGACGGGAAACACUGGGACCGGCAAUAGCUUUGCUGGAACGGUUGGUUCUGGUAUCACGGUCACACCAUCUGGAGGUGAAGGGGGAGGCACUUCUGCCUCGCCGUCGAGCUCUGGCUCUAGCGCUCCAGGUACUGGGGCGAGUGUGUCUGCCGCUGCAGGCGCCGUUCCCGGUAACGGCUCUAAGGGUGGCGGUUCUCCGACCAAUAAUGCAGGCAGUAUUGCCACUCCCGCAUCUUUGGGUGUUAGCGGAGGCUCUAGCUCUACUUCGGCAAGUCCAGGAACCAAGGGCAGCGGAACUGGGUUCUCUGGUAAUGCUGGCGCCACCAACGGCACAGGUACUUGGCCUAACGGCAGCGGUUUCUCCCCCAGCAGCUCCGAGAGCAGUGGCACGCCAAGCUCUGGUUUAGGUUCUGGAUUUACAGAACCUGAAGAAGGUGGAACUGUUGCCGGUACUCUCGGUGAGUUUGGAACCGGGAGCUCCGGAAUGCCAGCACCUUCCGUGGACAGUAGCAGUUCUACCGACAACACUGCAGGCGGCUGGGCCUCUGGCUUUGGAACAGGCGACACAGGCGCCACAGGCGACACAGACUAUGGAAGUGAUAGUCCUUCGACUCUUGCAGGCGAUGGUAGAGAAUCUACCCCCAACAACCCUGCAGGAUCCGGAACGGCUACAGAGGGUUCUGAAGAUGUAGACUCGACUGCCAGUCGGGGUUCUGCCAACAUGGAAGCGCCAGACUCCGCCGGCAACGAGGUAUCUGAACGUGCAAAGAGAUCGACUACAACUGACCCCGUCAAUGGGGGCGGAAACACCCAAAAUGGAGUCAACGGUGGAGCGACCAACACCGGCGCCGGCACCAAUGUCAAUGUCAUUAACAGCCCAGCCAACGCGGCUGAAAAAGACAGGGGGACGAUUAAUACGCUGCUUGACAAGCUGUCUUCGAUCAUAAAGACUCUGCGCUGA